AUGUUCCCCGGGAAAACAGAUGUCGCAACGCUGUUAAGCCAAAGACCGAUUGCAGCUGUCCACAACGGGAUCCGCCUUUUGUUACUCCGGCCAGGUAGAUUUCUCGAUGACAUCCAAAGCGACCUCAUCGACGUCUGCUUCGAUGAUCAGCUUAAGUAUGAGGCCCUCUCGUAUACUUGGGGCGACGGAAAGACAAAGCGUCCGAUCCGUGUCAGCGGAUCACGACUAGAUGUCUCGGCGAACCUUGAGGUAGCGCUGCGUCACUUGCGCCCCCUGACUACCACGAGGGUUCUGUGGAUAGAUGCGCUUUGCAUCAACCAGGGCGACUAUGAGGAGAGAUCAGACCAGGUGAAGAAAAUGUUCCAAAUUUACCGGCGGGCGACGAAUGUUAUCGCUUGGUUGGGGAAAGAGAGUCGGGGCAGCGGGGAUUCGAUGGCCCUUGUCACGGACUUUGCCAUGUUCCUCAGGGGAAAUGGUGUCGUCGACUUGGAAUCCGCCCAGAAUUUCAACAACCGAGCCAAAAAGUCACGGAAAGGACCUAGCGGCGACCUGAACAAUCUUGGGUUCCCGUUCAAGGAAAAGAAGCGGGACUGGGAAUCGUUGUGGAAGCUUUUGAGGCGGCCAUACUGGAGCCGGAUGUGGAUAUUGCAGGAAUUGGCUGCACGAGGAUAUUGGGGGAGUAGAGACUCGAUGCCGUGUACUCUUCAGUGCGGCUCGCAUACCGCAUCUAUGCACGAUCUCCAAAUGAUGUUUGACCAUUUCAACAUCAUGUGGUCAUGGUAUUCUCCGAGUGAGGUCGGGGACUGGCGCCUUCAGCAGCCGUUCAAGUCAUUCACGAGACAGGGCUUCAUGGACCCCCCGGGCUUUACCAUGUGCGCUACUCUGAGAUUGUUUCACCUUGACCGUGCUGCUGGAAGAUCGACACUGAAGAGGUUGCUGCACUUGUCGCACCCUCUGGACGCCUCGGAAGACCGUGACAAGAUGUAUGCCCUCCUCGGUCUCGUGUCCGAAAACUAUACGAUAAGUCCAGACUACACUAUAUCGCUUUCAGACAUCUUGAUACACUAUGUCAGGAACAGCGUCGAGACAGAUGGGUCUUUGAAUGCUCUUUUCUCGAACCGUUUGUACCCGUGCGAGUCAGGGCUACCAACAUGGACGCCAGAGAUUCGUAACAAAUGGCAUGCUCCGUGUCAAUGGGAAAAGCAUGGGGUUGACACACUGUUCAAAGCCAGUGGCAACAAGAAGGCAGAUGUGGAAUUCAUCCCAUACCAGGACCUGAAUCAGGAUUCGGUAAUCCUACGCGCCAAGGGUGUGGUCAUUGGCGAGAUUGACCAUGUCAUCGGCCCUUGCCGCAUCGAUGAUCUCGUACAACGUACCAUAAUGACAAGGUUUUCCUCAUUUAUCCACCGAGGAAGGUAUGAGUUGUUCAUGAUGGAGCUCAGCCGAUUUGCAUCCGAUCUCGAGAAUGGGUCGGCUGACUACGGCUCCUUCUGGCGAACUUUGGUCUUGAAUAGAAAUGAGGAUGUUAAUGACACGCGGCAAGCCUCCAAGGGUCUGCGCAUCGGAGGGGUCAUCGAACUCCGAAGAGACUGGCUACAAGCAAAAGAAAUGGGAGAGGUUGUCGCGGGAGAGGAUGGGGUGAAGCACAGAAACACCUUUCGCCGGUGCGUAUACAGAUGCGUGAUGAACCGUACCUUUUUCAGGGCCAGGGGCCAUAGCUAUACGUACAUGGGCCUCGGCCCGUACGACGCCCGCCCUGGAGAUCUGGCGGUCGUUUUGUUUGGGUCGGAUCAGUGUUUGGUGUUGCGACCCAGAGGAGAAGGGUUGGAGGGGUAUAAUGUGAUUGGGACGGCAUAUGUUCACGGCGCGAUGCGGGGAGAAUUGGUAGAGGAGCAAGAUGUGCAAGAGAGUGUAUUCGAUCUUUACUAA